CGCUGCUGCUGCUUUAAACGUAAAAAACUUUGCCUGUGAUAAAAAAAAAAAUGGAAAUGUAUAAAGCAGAUAUUAUUGUUCAAAAGCAGAAUCAGUUGUGAAUUGAAGCUUGUGGGAAAAUCAUCGUGAAAAAUUAUAAUUAAGUGUCUGGUGCUAAAAAUUACCUAAAAGUGCUCAAACUGAACUGUAACUUAAUUUAAAGUUCAAGAUCCGAAAAAAUGAAUUUUUGUGAUUUUUAGUGUAUUUAAGAGAAACUCCUUUAGUGACUGUGAUAAAUACUUAAAAAAAUAAUUAAAUUAAUCUAUAAAAGUUAAAGAAACUAGAAUAAAAUGGUUUAUAAAAUUUCACCUCUUAAUUAUUUCGGGAACAUUCCUGUACGUUUUAAUGUGGCAAUAAUGCUGUUUAUGGCCUGUUUUACAACUUACAUGACGAGAACAAAUAUUUCAAUUGCUAUAAUUCCGAUGAUAAAAGAAGGAGGAGGAGAAAGUGCCAAUAGAACUGCAAUAAUACACGAUUAUGGACCACGCUAUGCAUGGAGUAAAAAAGAUCAAAGCUUUAUCCUUGGAGGAUUCUUUUAUGGUUAUCUAUUAACAUCCUUAUUCGGUGGUGUAUUAGCUGAGAGAUUUGGUGGACGACAUGUUGUUGGACUUUCAAUGCUCUUAAGUGCAUUCAUCACUGGAAUCACACCGUAUUUUGCGGAAGAUAAUGUCAUUCCGAUAUUCAUAACUCGUGUCAUUCUCGGAAUAUUAGGUGGUGUAGUUUAUCCCGGAUUGCAUUGCUUAGUAGCAAGAUGGUCACCGCCAGAAGAAAAGGGAAAGUUUAUCAGUGCACUUCUUGGAGGAUUGCUAGGAACUGUUGUCACGUGGUCAAUGCUAGGCAUAAUAAUCGAGAAUUAUGGAUGGAAACUCGGCUUUUAUUUGCCAUCUGGAAUUGGAUUUAUAAUAACAUUGUUUUGGUAUAUUAUUGUAGCUGAUACGCCAGCUGAUCAUCCGAGAAUAACGUCAAUUGAACGUGACUUUAUCCACAAGUCACUAGGCGAUGCAGUCUCGAAAGAAAAACGACUUCCACCAGUCGUCGGUAUAUUUACGUCAAUUCCAUUCUAUGCAUUACUGGUUCUACAUUAUGGAUCAUUAUGGGGCUUGUUCUUCCUCAUGAAUGCAGCACCAUUAUUUAUGACACAGGCAUUGAACUUUAAUCUAGCAAAAGCUGGUUUUUUGGCUGCACUUCCACCAUUAGCACGUCUCUUAGCCGGUUUUGCCUUUGGCGCAAUCGGUGACUACCUCCGACGUAAAAAUACAUUUGGUGUUACAACAAUCCGUAAAUCGUUUUGUUUGUUCUCGCACGUGAUACCCGGAUUAUUUUUACUUUCAAUAACAUUGCUGGCAUUUGAUAAAUAUCUCGUUGUGGCUGUCAUCACAUUAUCACUCGGAUUUAAUGGAGCUGCAACUAUGACAAAUUUACAAAAUUCACAAGAUCUUGCGCCUAAUUUUGCUGGAACGCUGUAUGGCAUCAUCAACUUUGUCGGCACAACCAGUGGCUUUAUUUCACCAAUUAUUGUUGCUUAUUUCACAGAGGAUGGCCAUUCGAUUUAUGAAUGGCAACAUGUUUUCUGGGUAGGUGCUGCUGUGUACAUAAUUCCUGCAUUCUUUUACUUCAUCUUUGGCGAUGGACGUGUUCAAAAGUGGAAUGAAUCUAAUUCUACUAAGAAAGAUGCAAUUGAUACACAUUUAUAAAGUUCUUAAGAUUGACUUUUGUUUUAGAAAUUCAAUUAAGUUUAAGUUUAAGUAGGUCAUAAUUUUAUGUAAUAAAUUUGGGAAUUUUUAUUUGAUUUGACAA